GGUUGCCUGGAGAGCACAGAGCGCCAAACGCAACAGGUUGUGGGACAAAGUUCUGUCCAGAAUCGCUGAUCCAGUUGCUGAGAAAAGUCACUUUACAGAAAGACUGCAAAGCACGUUCCCUAUCAUGUGGCCCCGGGGCAGUCCUGUGGACACCAGGACCGAGGUGGAGCAGCUUGCUAGGUUCUGCAGGGUCCUGACUCACUGCUACCAGAACGAAGUGCAAGCUGUCAGGGUGGGCCAGCUGCCAGAUGUGGGCUGGGAGAGGAAUUACGAGUCCUUGCUGAUGCUGGAAGGCCUGGAGAAGCUGGUGGCUGAUCUCCUGCAGAAGGUGGAGCAGCUUAAGAAAGAAUCAGCCGCUUGGAAUCGUCUGUGGUCGCCAGCCAGUUGCGCCCUCAGGAGACGGUGGCCAUGGGGGGACCCAUCCAGCCUUCCGCUGUGCCCCAUCCUCACGUACACAAGCGAGGCAGAGUUGAAGGAGUUGGAAGGAUUGAGACUCAGAGUGGCGCUGCUGGAGCAGGAGGUUCAGCUGCAUCAGGUCUUCAGUGAAACCCUUCACCUCUGCCUCACCUCCAGGUUGUUCUCCAAGGACUGUCCAAGCCCCACUGUGCUUCGAAGCCUGUACUCGCUCCUAGGUGAGGGAGGACUUCAGUUCCCUGCCCUGGUCCUGGACACAGAGCCUGACUAGGCCUGGUGGCACUGGGAGAACACCUUCUAAGUUAAUACCCAAGGGAAGGAAAUGACUGAAUGUCAGCAGAGCAGGAAGAUCAUGACUGGAUCAUUUCUGUGUCUUGUGUGGACAUCUAGUGAGGAGGAAGAAGAGUAAGAAUGGUUUCCCAGGCUUUUUUUACAUUGUUUAGUUGUGGAAAGUGUCGGCCGAGUUGUUUCUUCACAUUGCGCAAUUGACAUCACAUGAACCGCUGGAUCAGGUCACAUGAACUGUCGCAGAGCAAGUUUUACUGUGUAGUAUGGUUUGCUGCUGAGUUUGUGUGAAUGAGGAAUGACUGGCUCGUUCUUUUUUAUUUACGUAUGUCCAUUUCCUGUUUAACUGUAAGACUGGUAUUAACUUGCAGAUGAUGUAAACACACCAGCAGCCUUUGUUUUUUUCUUGGAGAUUGUGCUUCAUCGGCUUUGUCAUUUGUCUUCCCUAGAGCUUUUUUCUUUUGGUUAACAUUCAUUCCUAUUAUCAGGCUGUUUUUCAAAUGAUUAAUGUAUGUCAGUAUGACUAUGGAAAGGAAUUAUAAUUCAAGAUGGCAAAAAUCACCGAUUUCAUGUCACUGCUGAAUAAUCUCCAUCCUUCAUACUGAAGAAUGUUUUAACCAGAAAAAAUGACUUUUAAGACUGGCAUUGUUGCCGAGGUUUGGACCACUGUGACGUCUCAUUGCCAGCAGAUGGUGUGCUCCUCAUCGCUAGUUAAGACGAGAAAUCGUGAGCUCUGUUGUUGCUUCUCCUUAAAACGUAGUAAUAUUUGAAAAAAUUCCAAUUUAAAAUAAAACAUCUGAGCACCUGUCGUGAUGCUUUGCCAACCUUCAAAUGAAACGGCAUUAUUGAAUAUUUGUUCUCUUAUUUACAGCUG